AUGCGCGAAAAUCAAGUUCGCAGCAUGGCUCGCUUUUCACAAGCCGCCGAUCUUAAAAAUGCGAGCGACGAAUACAAACAAAGUAUAGAGCUUGCAUUAAAGACCAUAUAUUCGAGCAAUUUGGAGGACGCAUUAGAUGAAUUUAUGGGCUACAAUCGUUGCAUGGCCUGGGUCACUGCCAAAUCACAGCUUCGACUUUUACCUCACAGUGGGUCUGGGGAGUAG